GCCCUCUCUUUGGUUUUAUUCUGCAUUGCCUCUCUGCCUUCCUGGACUCAUUCAAGAUAUCUAGUUUUGUACAAGCACAAAAAGCUGGAAGGCCAGAUCCAGCAGAUAGCUGAUAUGAGAACUUUGCUGACUUCAGAAAGCUGAGUGUAACACCAACAGACUUCAGUCAAAGGAAAUAUUAUCCUUCCAAGCAACUCAUACACAGACAACUUCUGGUAGCUUUAAAUUAACUGGUUGCUCACCUGGAAAGAUACUGCUAUUUUUUCUUUCAGCACACAUGGAGGAAGUCAACAAACUUGGUAACCCUGGCUAAUAAGACUGUGGCUUUCUUAUUAAAAGUAGGAGGUAGGCCAACUGUAAAAGGAUUAUUUUAUACUUAGCCUGCAGGACUUUAUCUCUGCCUGAACACUGGACAUAAACCGGAGCCAAUUUUAAUGACCUGAGAUUUUGCUACCUGUGCUUUGUUAUUGUUAUCAGUUCUUUAACGCUUUGGUACUUUAUUUCUUUAAAUUAGAAAUGGGUUUCUGGACUAGAAUGUGGCCCACAGACUGGGCUGUUCUCAUAAAAUCAUGGUUUAUCUUUUCCCUGGGGCUCUACAUGCAGGUCUCUAAAACUGUGGCUUGUCCAAAAGUGUGCCGCUGUGACCGAAACUUUGUCUACUGUAAUGAGCGAAGCUUGACCUCAGUGCCUCUUGGGAUACCAGAGGGUGUAACCGUCCUCUACCUCCACAAUAACCAAAUUAAUAAUGCUGGAUUUCCUGCAGAGUUGCACAAUGUUCAGUCUGUGCACACGGUCUACUUGUAUGGCAACCAGUUGGAUGAAUUCCCCAUGAACCUGCCCAAGAAUGUCAGGGUUCUCCACCUGCAGGAAAACAACAUUCAGACCAUUUCUCGGGCUGCCCUUGCUCAGCUAUUGAAGCUGGAAGAACUGCACCUGGAUGACAACUCCAUCUCCACUGUUGGGGUUGAGGAUGGGGCAUUCCGAGAAGCCAUCAGCCUCAAGCUUCUGUUCUUGUCCAAGAAUCACUUAAGCAGCGUACCAGUAGGCCUUCCAGUGGACUUACAAGAACUUCGAGUAGAUGAAAACCGCAUUGCUGUCAUUUCAGACCUGGCCUUCCAGAAUCUUACAAGUUUGGAGCGUCUGAUUGUGGAUGGCAAUCUCCUUACUAAUAAAGGCAUAGCUGAAGGCACCUUCAGCCACCUCUCCAAGCUCAAGGAAUUCUCAAUAGUGCGGAAUUCACUGACCUACCCUCCUCCUGAUCUUCCAGGUACACAUCUGCUAAGGCUCUACUUGCAGGACAACCAGAUAACCCAUAUACCACUUACAGCCUUUUCAAAACUCCAUAAACUGGAACGUCUUGAUAUUUCCAACAAUCAGCUUCGGAUGUUGGUAAAGGGGGUAUUUGAUAAUCUCCACAACCUGAGACAACUCACUGUAAGGAAUAAUCCCUGGCUGUGUGACUGCAGUAUAAAGUGGGUCACUGAAUGGCUCAAAUUUAUUCCUUCUUCCGUCAAUGUACGGGGUUUUAUGUGCCAGCGACCAGAACAGGUCCGAGGUAUGGCAGUCAGGGAACUCAAUAUGAAUAUGUUGUCAUGCCCCACCACCACUCCUGGUCUGCCACUUAUCAUCACCCCAGUCCCAGCUACAGCCAAGCCAACUACAUUAGUUUCCCCCUCAUCCGUUCCUCCCCCAAGUAGCAGGUAUAAUCCUCUGACUCCCACCAUAGUCACACUCCCCACUGUGCCUGACAGGGAGGACAGAGAAAGGGUGACACCUCCUAUAUCUGAACGGAUUCAACUCUCUAUCCAUUUUGUGAAUGACACUUGCAUCCAGGUUAACUGGAUAUCUCUUUUUACCGUGAUGGCAUAUAAACUCACAUGGGUUAAAAUGGGCCAUAGUCUGGUAGGAGGAAUUGUUCAGGAGCGUAUAGUUAGUGGUGAGAAGCAACACUUGAGCUUGGUAAAUCUGGAGCCCAAAUCCACCUAUCGGAUUUGCUUGGUUCCACUGGAUGCUUAUAAUAAUUACCGAACAGGAGAAGACACUGUCUGUUCAGAAGCCACAACCAAGGCUUCCUUUUUGAACAAUGGCAGCAACAUCCCCUCCAGCCAUGAGCAGACAACUUCUCAGAACCUGGGCUCCCCAUUUCUGCUGGCAGGGUUGAUUGGGGGUGCAGUGAUACUUGUCCUCGUGGUCCUGCUCAGCAUUUUUUGCUGGCACAUGCACAAAAAGGGGCGUUACACCUCCCAGAAGUGGAAAUAUAACCGGGGCCGUCGGAAAGAUGACUACUGUGAGGCAGGGACCAAGAAGGACAACUCCAUCCUGGAGAUGACGGAAACCAGCUUCCAGAUCGUCUCCUUAAAUAACGAUCAGCUCCUUAAAGGAGAUUUCAGACUGCAGCCCAUAUAUACCCCAAAUGGGGGCAUUAACUACACAGACUGCCACAUCCCCAACAACAUGCGAUACUGCAACAGCAAUGUCUCAGACCUGGAGCACUGUCAUACGUGAUAGUGUGGGGAGAUGGGGGUGUCUAGGACAAAGAGAAAAAACUCUGGAAGAAGUAAUGCCCCCCCAACAACAAUGAAAAAAUUACAUUUGAUAAAUGUUACGCAGAUGCAUUUAUGCAUUUGAAUACUCUGUAAUUUAUACGGUGUACUAUAUAAUGGGAUUUAAAGAAGUGCUAUCUUUUCUAUUUCAAGUUAAUUGCAAAUGGUUUUGUAACUCUUUGCUUUUUAAAUCUUUAAAAAAUAUUGCUAAGUACUGUACAGGGUUGUACAAUAAGAACCCAAUGUCAUGGCAAAGGAAAGAUUGACUCAUUCCUCAACCAUUAACCACUUUGCUGUCGAAGCUGUCUGAAGGAUGUUAAGUUCCUAGGUGUCCUGUAGUACAGGAAAAUAAGUGCAUAUUAAAACAGGGUCACUAGGAACGGCCAAAAGCAAUUCAGAUAAAAUGGGUACAACCCUUUUGACUCAAAUCCAGCAGUUGCUGUUCAACUUUAAACAAUUUAAAGUACUUCUGUUCCCUUUUGUCAGUUCUGUAUUUCCUACCUCCAACUCAAAGCUGGAGUUCUGACUGCUACCAAAACAGGCUACUUUUUGUAUGAUUGUUUUUCCCCAAUAUGCUUGGAAUAGGACAGGUAGACAGAACUCAGUGUCAAAUUCAAAGUGACCUUGAAUCCUAUUUGCAAAAGCUAUUCUGAAAAUGUCCCCCAGUAUCAUAUACGUUUAUGUUAGAAACUGUUCUUGCUUUUCAUUAUGAUUAAGAGGCUUUAGGCAUUCUUUGACCCGUCUCAGUGGGAGAUGAAGGUUAUCAGUACGUAACAGAUAGUUGUCAUUAGGUUGCACCUCUCUUUAAUAGAGCAGCAUUUGUUGACACAGUAUGUUCAGGUGAAACCUGAAAGAGAGAAAUUCUAAGCACUCCCAAGUCUGCAGUAUUCAUGUAGAAUUUGCAGUCUAGAAGUGUAAAUUUUGAAAAUACGUUGCAAAAUAUAAUGCCAAUGGAAAGGUUGCCAUUGACUUUUAUGGUUCAAGCACUGUUUGAUUUAGAGGUCUGAGUUAUGUUCGUUAUGAAGUAAGAAACAAACAAACAAACAAACACACAUACAAAAACAAAACAAAACAAAAAUAAAUGAGAAAUAUAUAUAUUUUUAAUUUUUAUCUUCAUUUAUUACUGGAAAGGCCAUCAGGCCUAUUGUGAACUGAACUACAUUCAGCAGGGAAAAUCAGGAAAAAUUAGUUUUUUGUUUGUUUGUUUGUUUGUUUUCUGUUCAAGUGAACAGAGAUGGACACUAACUAAGAAAUUUUUAGAACAUAAGUGUACUCUGUCGUGCCAAAUUACCCUUCUUUUAUGUUAAGCUUUUUGGAAGUUUUCCACAAUGAUAUGUGCUUUAAAAUCAGUAGGUGGGCUUAGAUUUUUAUUCCCUCAAAUUCUUUAGCUGGAAUCACUUCUAAGUGAUGCACUAUGUGAAACUCCAUGGUUAUAUUAAAACCAUGAUGCUGAUCUCAAAAUUGUACAAUCUUCCAGCAACUUCACUAAAUCUGUGACUGCCAAGAACUCUGAAUUUCUUGCCAGCUCAGUGGUGGAAUUAAAAUCUUUAUUUUCUUUUCCCCCACCAUUUUUUUUUUUAGCUUACUUUCUCCUGAACUUGGGGGCAGGGAAAAGUUCACAAAGAAAAAGGAAAAAAGAAAGUUUUUUUUUUUUUUUUUUUUUUGAGGGAGUAGGGAACCAAAGAGAAAACUUUAUACAGUGACCAACUAGGGACGAGAAGUUGUUAGAAGUGGAUUGACAGUAAAAGCUGGAGUACUUUCACUGUGCAAUGCUUAGACUUUUUACUUUAUAAGGCUGCUUAUGUUGGGAGAGAGGGUUUUAAUCCUUUCCUUUGCUCAUUUCCUCAACUCAUUGUUGAAAUCCAGCAGUCUGUGAGUGUGCACUUUCUCAAAUUCAAAUUGUAUGAUAACACUCAUUUUCUGCAAAAACACAAUGAAUCUAGUUAUGGUCAAUGGCAAAGUACAAUCACUAUAUAAAGAACUGCAUCCUCCCCCCAGCACCUUUUAGAAUCACAAUUUGAAAUUCCAGUCUAUAUUCUGUAUAUUUGUUAUUUUCUCCAGCUAUAACAGGUAUUGUAGGCAACCUGUGUGGCUACUGUAAUAGUAAAGUCACUGAAAUUUUGCUGAAUAAAAGGCUGCCAUGAUUUCUAAUGGUGUAUUUCUAGGUAGAGAUGUCUAUGCAAAGUCUUUUAUCUGUGACCUAUCUGCUCUAGAUUAUGAUGGGGAGGUUGAUACUUUGUUUUGUUCAUUUAAUGUGUUUUAGCUGCCAAAGCCCACAAGACAAGCAGCAGAUAGUUGUGCUUCUGCACACUUCCAUUGCAUGCCGGAUACAUAAAAGUUUUUUUGAGAUUAAGUAGAGGCAGAGAGUCCCGUUUUGUGUGGAUGUAGCAUUUAAUUUCACUGAAAUAACUAGCUAUAUAUUUGAUUUCAAAGGCAUCCUUUGAAUGUGUGCACAUACUAGCAUUUCAUAUUUCAAUGACUGAUGCUGGAGGAAUCUUUAUACUCCUUUGAACAUCUUCUGUUCUAGGCCUCAGGAUACCAUGGUUUUAAGAUGAGUUAGGCGCCUUAUUUGUAGCAAAUCUCUUAUUCAGGGAGUUCAGCUAUACUCUAAGUGAAAGAUCCACAAGCCCAAACUGAAGACAACAAAUGUGGUUAUUAUUCUAAUAGGGUAAAAACAGAAGGCAUUCACAAACUGUUUGGGUUAAUCUCAGAUGACAAAAUGUAUAUAUAUAUAUGUGUGUGUUUGGAGUAUUACUGACUUACCUAGAUAAAAAAAUCAAAAUGAUAUUAAAGACAGCAUAGUUUAUGCUUCUUUUUGGUAUGAAGAAAAAGAUAUAUUUUUAUGUGAUAUUGACAAAGUUUCUUUUCAAUAAGUACACUUCUGAAAAAAAAAAAAAGAAAAAAAAAGAAAGAAAAAAGUAAAAAGCCACUUAUACCAAAAUUCCUGGAUAGAGCUGGGAGUAUUAUUUAAACAAAUUCACAGCUGUAGUCAACCAAAAGGUCAUAUGUUGCAUUUGAAGAAUGUUUCUUCCAAUUCUAAUUGCUACCCAGCUGCAGAAGAUUUCAUGUGUUUCAACCUACAGCAGAGUUUGGGAUGUUUCGAAGUGUCAGUCACACAGACAACUGAGGCUUGAUUUCAAAACGCAUCUAGACAAAUACAUAAUGAGCAGUUUUCACCAGAUAUAUUUAUUUUUUUUGAAUAAAAAGAAAAGGUUAAAAAUGGACAGUGAUCUUUUGGUGAUAUAAAUUUUAAUAAUUGGUAGCUUUUUCCUUGUGCUUAUGAACAUGGGGUCAUCUUCACUUAGUACAAAUAUCUGACCACAAAUAACUGAAGAGAACUAUAGAGCAGUAGUCCUCAAUGAAUGCAUAUACAACUCAUUAGAAACCCCUAAACUCUAGGUCCUGAUUUGCAAGGGUUCAUUGAACCUGGGGACAAAUGAAUGGUUUACAUACAACAUCUCAUCUAUCAUCCAUUGUACUCUGCUAACAGCUGACAUAAAUGUUAAUAGCUGAUAAGAUUGCUGAGUGGAAUACAAUAAGAAUCUAAGUGAAAUUAUGUUAAACUGGUAUCACAACACUGCUUUGUCCAGUGCUGUGGUUCCUUCUGAAGACUUACUUAUUUACAACCUGGUCCUUGUUUUCACAGAUUCUGUCACUUCCUUGCAUGUAGCUUGUUAGCAGAAACAAACACCUAAUGGAUGCAUGGACUUUUGGAUUUUACUGGAGACACUGUUAUUGAAUUUAUUCAUAAGAAUAUUUAGGCAUAGAGUUACUUUUGAAUGAAAAUAUAUUAGCAAUUUUUUUCUGUAAGCCAAUAAAGAAAUACAAUGGAUGUGAUGAUAAAAGAAAAAUGCAAUAGCUUAUGCUAUUUGCUACUAGAGUAGAUCAACUAUAUUUUUCUCUCAAUCAUUUUCUCUUUUCAUGAGAGAAAAUUUCUCCCUCUAAGAAAAGUAUUGAUUUAAUUUUGCAAACAAAAGUACUUAUGCAUAUUGUAUCAUUGUUAUGAUUUUAAGGGUCUACAUAAGGCACUUUAUUGAUGACAUUGAAAUGAAAGUUCAGGCUCAGCUUUUGACAGUGAAGUGGUUAACGCCCAUUAAAUUCUCCAUUUAUAGUACUUUUUCAAUUUAAAUUAUAACAUGGAAAUAUUAAAGCUUUUUUUUUCUUUCUUUCUUUUUCCUUUAAAGCAUGAGAAUAAUGGUUUUAGUCAUAAUUUAUCUUUCUAGCUCGGUGGAAAAACAAACAAAAACAACAACAACAACAAAAAAAGAAUGUGCCAAAACCAAAUGUUACUGGCUCUAAGCCUCAUCAAAUACUGCCUGAUGAUCUCUUCUAAACACAAAGAUAAUCCUAUGAAGCUGAUGAACACUCCUUCCCUGAACUCUGCUGAACAGGGCACUUUGUAUCCCAUAUGAUACUACAGGCAAUAUUGAAGCAUUUGGCAUUAAACUUUUGUACAGCAUAGAAUGUGUUGAUCUUUAAAAGGACACUGGCUAGUGGUCCAUCUGGAAAACUAGUCCAAAAAGGAUCUGGCUGGGGCUCUGUGGAAGUGUGCCUCAUGAGAGCUGAGUUCUGAUCCUCUCAGAAACACAAGCUACUAAAUAAUUUGUCAUGUCACUUGGUCCCAAAUAUCUGAAGAUCUUUCAUAAAAUUGAUUUUAACUGAGACAUGCACACUUGAUUCUGUUCUGUGUUUGGUAUAUUUUCUAUCUUUAACAUGGAAAAAUAGAUUAUUUGAAGUUUGCAUUAUCUGUUUUCUGCAAUCUGCCAUGUUGCACGCAUUGUUAACUUCAAAAUCUCACUAUACACUAUAUAUUAUCUUGUUGACAUAUUCAGUAAAGAGUUAUUUAAAAAAAUACAACAAUCCUACUGUAUUUAUAUGAACAAGUUAAUUAAAACAAGGAUGUGAACAUCUGAGAAGGAAAACAGAAAAAGGAAAAUAUCAACCUCUGUACUUUCAGUCCUGGAAAUAUUUUCAAAUAUUUUACUGUAUGUCCACCUUCUCUUCAGAUUCUAAAGGACAAAUAUUUUCAUCUUCUAUCUGUCAAAGAGUUAAACCAUUUGUUAAUCAAUUGCUCAGAUUUAAUCUUAUGUUUAUAAGAUAUUUAUUUUGAUAGGCAUAUAGGAAAGCACUGUAAAACAAGAACAGAUUGUAAUCCAGUGUUUGAAGAUAGUAGAUACACUUAAGCAACUACACAUAUCUAUAACAAAUAUAUAUGUGGAAGCUGUGACCCAUUAUAUGCAUAGUCAUUUGAAAAAUGCAUUUGACGUUCAUCCUUGACAAUCUCAAACCCGCAUUUUGUCUAUUUAAACUUUCCUUGAAAUGAAAUGUGAUUUUUUUUUUCCCAAUUCUCCCUUCAAAAUUGCUCUUGACUUUUCAGAAUGCACAACAUUAAGACAUAAGCCUUAAUAAAUUUUUGUAUAUCUUAUACCUAACAUAUAUGGUAAUAUAUACAGUAUGUAUGAAAAGAUGCUAUAGGUACUUGGGAAUGAAAAUUCUCCUUAAUCUAGUUACAUAUACAGGAACUAUUUUUUGGCAUUGACAGAACCUGAAAUAUUGAAUGUUACAAGCUGUGUCAUUUCAAAGUUUAGAACUGUAAUACUGCUGAGUGUCAAAAUUCCUCUGUAAAUUGUCUCAUUCUCUGUCUUAACCCUGAAUGCCAUUGAAAACUACAAUAGCUGCUGUGCAAUACAUCCACAUCUACACCACUCUCUCCUCCCCUUACUAUGCUUCCCUGAACUUGAUGUUCCCUUGGAGACAGAUUAAACCCUGGUACCUAAGUUAACUUCUUGUUUUACCAUGGGAAGGUGGAGAAUAGAUGUAAUAGAAAUAUAAACACUGUUGACUAUUUUGGUAUUCUGGCAUAAUACUUGCAUCAUCAAAAACUUGCAUCAUUUGCAAAAAAUAAUUGCAUCAUCAUUUUCAAGGAAUGGUUUUGUUUUGUUUGUCUCAAAAAAAAACCUGACAAACACAGACUGCUUCUUCAGAUAAUCUGGUAAUAGCCCUCAGUGAUUUAUCCUAGUAGAGACCAAUAUUUACAUUUAUUUAGUUGUAACCUUAGUUUUCUGUAGCUGUACACAUACAUGUGUUUGUAUUUAAGUUCCUGGGGCUUUCUACAGAGGGUUUAGCUAUGAGGAACUCAAAUCAAGCAUGUGGAAGAGUAUUUUUCAACAGUUUUCAGUCAACGUUUUUCACUAUCUCAUUUUAAAUAGGAUGCUUCUAUAUAAGAAAAGUUAUGGUGCCAUAAGGAGAGACUAUGUUCAGUCAUUAAAGUAUGAAACAAAUAUUUUAAUUCUGUUUGAAGUACCAAUGUCAAAAAAGGCUCAAGUUAAGAACCACUAAAAAUUCUAUUACACAGGUAGAUGAUAUUUUAAAAAUAAUUUACAUUCUUAAAACAAAUUAGUACAGUGUUAUGGUGAACUCCUUGCCCCACUAAUUUCAACUAUAAAUCAGAAUAUUUAUAGGAAUAUGUCAGAAGGAUUAUUGAAAAAAUCCAGUAUGCUAUAUUGUAUAAUGUCACACUGUACCCUCAUGUGAAAUACAUUUACCAAGCAAGACAGAAGGCCUAUGCAUCACAUUAUAAGCUUGCUAUCUCUUUUGAAAAGGUAGGGGUGGAAUGAAAUACAAAUACUUCAUAGAAAAUGAGACAGGAGAGAAAUAAGUACAGCACAACAUUGCCCAGUCCAAAGCCACACAAAAUAUAGACUUCAAAAUCCCCAAAUAGGCCACUGAGCAUAGCAAGAAUGUUCUUUUACAUAUAGACAUAUUUUCUGUUUAAAACUCCAUGUGCUAGCUAACAUGUGUGACUACAAAAAUGCAUGUGUGAGUUUAUAUUAUAGUUACACUUUUGUGGGGGCAUCUCAUAUAGAAUAAGUACAAUCUUGUCUCUCUGAAAUUGGUCCAUUACUUACCUUUUUCAUACAUAGAAGUGAAGAAGUCAAAAGUCAUGCUCAUUACACUAUUCUGUUUUUCUAAGCGUAGAAUGCCUUGAAGAAUGAAGACAUAUAAACUAUUAUGGAAAAUCCAACUCAUAUGAACUGUUGUGUUUACAACUUGAAUAUGCUCUGUGCAAAAGCAAGACAUCUCUGAAUAAUCAUCAAAGUGUUAAGGUGAACAUGACUAUUCUUGAAAAGCACAAUUGCCAGAAAGAUUUCAUUAAAAUGCUGUAUUUCUCAAGUGAAAUCAAUAUUUCAACUUCUAGAAACUUUGAACACGUGAUCUCACAGAUAAAUAAAAUUCUUUGUGAUGAGGACUGGAAAAAUGUACCUAAAGAAUGGAAUAACCUAAUUUUUAUACUUCGAAACAGACUAUUGAUGAAGGAAAAAGAAAUUUCGUCCAGUGAAGAUGAAAUAUAGUAGUAAUGAUGGACAGAAUACAGAGAUACUCCUCUUUAUUUUUAUAGCUAUAUGUUUGUAACAUAACUAUAUUUUCCUUUUUUUUUUUUUUUAAUUUCCUUCGUAAUUUUCAGAUCAUUUAAGCCCACUUCUAAAACAUAUACAAUAUUCCAAAACAAUGAAAUUCCCAGAAAUACCUGUGAUACCUUUCAAUGAAUAGAAUUAAGAAAAUGCAAUAAAUUUAUUAUUUACAGGAAAUGCACAAUACUUUCUCAAAGCUUUAGAAGUGGUUACAAAAAAAAAAAAGAAAGAGGAGAAAAGGAUGACUGGCAAACUAGAAUAGCUUUCUGUUUCUAGUUAUUAUAAGUCUUUCCAAAUUUCUAACCCACUCACUUGAAUUUCAAACUUUGACUUGACCUGAAAGUCAAACGAUUUAAAUGAGUCUUACAAGCCUGACCUCAUAUAUCUUCACAAACUGGUUUGUGUAUUCACUGUUCAGGAACCAGUAUGUAAUUCAUUGCUCUCUGACUUCCAAUGCAAAUGUUAGGAAUUUUUCCCCAUUAAAGAAACAUGUUAAGAAAAUUUGAGAGCUGUUGUUAAAUAAAGUACUGCAGUAUAUGUUAAUGUGAACAUAAUUUAUUCAAGCAGAGCAUUAGUAUGUCUUUGUAAGUAAGGACUGCAGAAGCAAUGCAUAAACAUUAACUCAGUGUUCUGUUUUGUUUUUUUUUUCAAAAAAUCCUUCCUCACCAGUACUAGAUACUACUACUAGCUGCUGAAAAGCAUGUAUGACUUUCCACACAUAUAUGACUUGAAAUAAAUGGAAAUCUGAGAAGGGGGAGAUAUUCCAAAUUAUUGUAGUCAUUCUAAUGUGCAGCUGAAUACUUCAAAACAAGAAACAAAAAAUGUAUUGAAGCUCUACUUAUCAAAGGUCUUACUAAGUAUUUAUUCCGCUUGUAAUGAGUCUAGGCAGAUUUUCACUUAUGCCUGCGUUGUAGGUCUUGAAGUCAUUCAUUUAUUUUUGCCUGAUUACAGGGAGUAGCAUCAGGUUGAUGGUGUUCUCAGAUCUAAUUGGCCAUGUUCCUGCAUGAGGUCUCCCAUGCACUGAUAUAAUUUGUCAUAUGUGAAAAGUUUGGGAGGUAGUCUACUUUCUCUGUGUGAUACCUACUCUCAAAACAAAUUUAUAGUUAACUAUAUUUCUAUAACUUUCUGUAUUGGUUUUGGGUUUCCUCCUUAUAAUUUAACAUUAAGAACAAACGGAAAAUGGAAUUGAGUUAUUAGAGCAAAUUUAAAAUUGUUUCUAUUAAUAUUAUAACAAUGGCCAGACUGUCCUUCUUUUUCACAGAAGACUUAAAAUGUAAGACUGAAUUAAGAAAAAAAAAAUCUUCAAGGAUUUCACUAUUUAUUUUAGGUUAAAUUCAUUAUUUUUCAACAUUUAAUUGCAGCAGUCACGUUUGAAAGUUUUGCUGGGAAGAUUGGAUAAUCUUAGAUCUGUGGUUAUAAGAACUUCAUGUUUAUAGUUUAAGUUAUUACAGAUUAUUACCGGUAGCUGUACAAAGAGAAGGGGACAAAUAUUUCUUCUUCUUCACUCAGAUGCAACAGACUGACUUCUGUAGUGAUCAAGGAGGAGGUCAGCUACUUCACAGAGAUGUCUCAGAAAACUGUGUCCAGAACAGAAGAGAAAUAACUGGAGUCACGGCAUUUCUAUUUGAUGACUUAGGGAAGCUGGCAGAAUUAGAGUUGGAGCUUUUCAGGAGGGAAUAGAGGAAAGUGCAGGUCCUCUGCAGCACUGUGCAGGACUUCUGGUUUGUACAGGACCCCAUGAAGUUCCGAAGGUUCAGAGAUUCUGCUCUGUACCAUACAUGAAGAAAUGUUACAAAACAAAGUAGCUGCUUUUCCUGUAAAAGAUUUGUGAAAUAGUAACUUGCUUCUCCCCAAAAGUCCCUAUGCAUUCUUACAAGCAACAACAAAUAUGGUACAAAUUAAACUUUUGUAGAAGUGGUUGAAAUCAGACACUUAAAGCAAACAAUUCCAGGCUAUGGGAUAGCCUCCCUGUACAGGUUCUUCUCAGGGCAAGAGGGAGAGAGAAAAAAUAUGACAGGUCCUUUCAUUUCUCUGCUGAUGACUCCAGAGCAGUUUGCAGGCAGCCCCAUGUGCACACCUGAGCAGUAAAGCAGGUGCCGUGAAAUGGGGGGAUUACAACAGCAUAAUGGACCAUCACCAUGCCUUUCAGUGUCACACUACUUUCCACGUCUCCAACUUCCAAUCUGAUGUGUAUCAGCAAAAGGAUCAGUGUUGAUAAACACAACUCUAGAGUGUUUAUGAGCCCUUUGGGCAACAUGAACAACACAGAGGAGUUUUAAACCUGGUUUAUGAAUUUAGCUCCAUAUUCUUUGGUUCCUGUUCACUACCUACAUGCACUCUAUAUUUCAAAACAUUCUAGGACUAUAAAUUAAACUGACAAAAGUCAAAGCUUUUGGAACUUACAAAGGAAUCAGAGUUAAAGUCUUCAGCUUUUACAUAUUAUAUAAUAGUUUAUAUUUAUAUUUUUAAUAGGAAAUCCAUAUCCAUUAAGAGUACUUGAGUUUAAUAAAGAUAUUAGCAAAACGUGGAUUGCACAGGAGUUUAAAAGGGCUGGAAUGAUCUGUGGAUCACAUUACUGACUUCUUGAGAGAGAAUUAUUCUAACAGAGUCAACAAGCUCUGGACUGAAUCCUGAAUGCAGAAACAUAUCUUUAGCCAACAACAUAUUAACUCCACUGUCAAAUUAGAAUAAUUUAUGUGGAAAGUCAUCGAGGUCAGUUAUGGUUUUUUUUUUUUUUUUUUUCCUGUAAAUCCAUCUAUAAAAUUCUAACCUUCAGUGUCAUCUAGUGCAAAGAAAAUAGAAAUUUGGACAUGAAAAUGCUAGUGGUCCUAAGUCUUCAUGUAGACUGAUUGUGUUUAUAAGGGACUAAGGUCCUUUACUGGCCUACUUGGGAUAAGCAAUAUGUAAAAGCUGGGCAUUUAUAUUAUUUUACCUUAUACAGCUGUAUGACCUCUACUGAAAAACAGUAGAUUCACCUAUCUCAGCAGGAGAUAACAGCCUGGCUCACCAUUUUAGCAAAAUAUUUCUUUAACCUUAAUGUAUCUACUCCACAGGAUCUUAGUAAAGAUAUACAAACUACAGUGGAAAUAUAUCAUCACAGUCUUUUCUUAAAAUCAUUGUGCAUAGAAAGGAAACAACAGUUAUAUGUAAAGCCAAGAGGUCAUUAUUAGUAAUUAAAACAUUAACAGUCUAACUAAAGAGUUAGUUGGCAUCUAACUAAAACAGAAAAAAAAGAAAAUAAGGAACAUAAAAAAAAGGAUACCAAUAUACAAAACCAAAACAACAACAUCAAAUCAAUAACAAUACAGCUAGAACACACUUACCAGCAGCUACUUUUUUUAUUUUAUUUAUUUUAUUUUUUUUCCUGGUGCUAUGCUCAGCCUUCCACCACCCCUCAGGAUCUUUCUGUCUGGUGGGAUAUUAUAUGGAAAAUCACCACCAUCCCAAAUCUGUCAUUGGAAAGUCUACAGUAUUGACAUUGCUUAGUUCUUCUCCUUCACUUUAGGAUCUGCUGGGGUCAUUUUAAUGUUUCCUUAUGCUCUUUUGAACCAUGUUUCUUCUUCAAGGGUCUGCAAGUUGACAUCACAUCCAAAUUUACUACCUAUUUUAUAGGUCACUUUUGGUAUCCCUGAAAACAUUUUUGUCCAUGUUUGCAUUUCUUUAACUGACCAUUGAUGAAUUAUUUUUUGACACAGUUUCUCUAGUGCCAGCCUGUGACACAUCUUUUACCAUCCCAUGCCUUCAUUCCCCUAUACUGUACCCUGUGCCUGCUCUUUAUUAUUUGCCACUUUUAGCUGGGCUGUGUAUGGGCUGGAAGUCAUGUCCUAUGAAAAGAAGCUGAGGACACUGGGGUUGUCUAGCCUGGAGAAAAGAUAGAUAAGAAGAGACCUCACUGCUCUCUAUAAUUUUCUGAGGAGGGGAGACGGAGAGGGAGGUGCUGGUCUUUUCUCCCUGGUUACCUAUGACAGGAUGCAUGGGAAUGGCAAAAAGCUGCAUCAACGGAGCAAAAUUCUUUACUGUGAGGGUAGUCAAACACUGGAACAGGCUUCCUAGUGAGGUGGCCGAUGCUCCAUGAUUGUCAGUGUUCAAGAGACAUUUGGAGAAUGACCUCAGUAAUAUUCUCUAACUUUUUGUUGGGCAGAAGAAGUCAGUCAGUUGGACUAGAUAAUCUGUGAAGGUCCCUUAGAACUGAACUAUUCUCUUCUCAAGCCCUCUGUUAUCAUACAAGGGAUGUAUUUCUCUGCAUUUCUCCAUUACAUUAGAGUCACGAGUAUCUCAUUCCAUAUAGAAUAACUACUUAUUAUAAUUAUAUAUAUAAAGCUACGGUUAGAACAUAAGAAGAUAAAGGGUAUUAAACCUAACCAGGCAUUGUCACCUGAUCAUGAGAGAAAAAUAUUGUUACAGCUAAACCAAGUCAAAGAAAAGCUCCAGGAAGACUGAGGCAAGAUCAGACAAAAUAAGCCUGACAAGCUGCAGUACUGAGGUCUUAUAAACUCAGUACACAUCCUGUCAUCAAUUACUAGCAAUGGAAAUACCGUAUCACUGGUCUAUGGGAUAAAACAGAUAGCAUGUGUAUUAAAAAUGCUGCAAUACAGUCCCUGUAUAUCCUAGUUUAGAGUAUCUUGAAUAUUAUCAAAAAGAAUCUAUUUAAGAAUCAAAAGUGUUAUCUUAGUUGUUGAUAUACUUAUAAAAUGGCCUAAAGUGUUUAAAGACAAUUAAAUCUAUUUUUUGUUGUUAUAGUUGUUUUGGUUUUCAGUUAGUUUUCAACUACCACUUCUCUACAAUUAAAGGUUUAUGAUUUAGUCUAAAUAAAGCAUCCUGAAAGAAAAAGUACUGCGGAAAUCCAUGCCAAAGUAGGUAAUAGAACUUGCAGUGAUUCAGCAAUCUUAGAUAGGGAAAAUCUAUUUCUGAGAAAUCUUUACAACCUGCCAAUUCCACUUUAGAAGACACUAUCAUUCUCAGUGUGAUGGUUGGCUUCCCUAAUGGGAUUACAUUUCUCAUAGGACUUUCCUAAAGUCUUAUUCUUAUGUUCUGUUUAUUUUUUCUUUAUUUUUUCUUUUUUUUUUUUUUUUCUGAACAGAUUCUGAAAGUAUAACUAUACUGACAUUUGAAGUAAACAAUUAAGUCUUGUAUUGAGAAAUUGUUCUCUAAGUGAAAAACUUGGUGAAUCAUUGCUUACUCUUAAGAAGGUAGAUAUUUCAGAUCACUCGAUUUUUCUCUAAGAGGCAUAUGGUUUAUGUAAUUUAUGUCAGUUCUUCACUCACAUAAAGACACGAGGAUCCUAAAUCCAGCUGAAGAUCAAGUGCAAUAGUAAACAAAUAUUGCAAAUGUUAUAUAAUCUUUAAAUGGGAUGCUUUAGUACACCUCUGCACCUCUGUUGUAUAGGGCAUGUUCCAUGUUCCCAUUACUUAAACAUGUUUUCUUAGUAGGUUUCCUAAAAUCAUGAAGCCUGGAUCCAAUUAUUUAAAUCUAGAACAUCCUCAAUGACAAGAUUUCUUCUUUCCUUCUUUUUAAAAGGAAAACUUUUCCAUUUUUUUUUUUUUUUCCAUCUAAUUGUAUGUUGUGUCACUUACAUUAUCAAGUGUGUCUACUUGGUGUAUUUGUAAAUUUGCAGUAGAUUAAUGGGCUUUAUUUUCUUCUAAUUAAGGGUUGUCAGGUCAUUAGAAGCAUCUAGCCUUCACAAUAUUGCAAAAGAUUUCUCUCUUAAAGGAGGGAAACCUAUAAACGCAAAAGAAAGCAUUUUCUGUUUUUACUCAAUGUACUGUUGUAUAUUGUGCCAAUAUACUGUUGUAUAUUGUUCAGAGUUUCUGCUGUUAAAGUUUUUGCUGAAUAGAUAGAAAUGAGUAGACCUUCAAAAUAGCUAUUUUAUCUUGAAUUUUCAAAUAGCUAACAUAAUUGAAGGCAUAUUUGUACGGCAGCUCUAAAAUUCUUUAUAUUGAAGAUUAAAAAAAAAAAAAGCUAAAUAAAAAAAAUGUCAAUAGAAUUUGACAGAAAAGCCUACUAGCAUUGCUUUCUUUCCUCCAAAGAUCAAAUGAAACAAUUUGAAGUUGUUUGCAAAACAGUCUUUUAAUAUAGUAAAAACAAAUUCCAGAACAUGCUGCUUUGCUUCUGAUCAUCGCUCAGCUGUUUGUCUUCCAUAUGCCUUUUCUACUUUAUUCUUGAAUGUGACUUGUGUUUCCAGCUCAUAUAUGAUACAAAAAUGUAUUUUUUUAAAGCUUGGGGAAUUAUGUUUUAACUAGGGGAAGGAUGCAUUCUAGUCACACAUCUGUGACCUUCCAAUCCCUAUACCUAUGCCUAUAAACCACAUUAAAUCAUUUGUCAGUUUAUUUAUAGUUUAUUUUCCAAAGCUUUGCUCAGUUUUGACUUAAAUAUUUCUCAGCCAUGCUACUGCAUCUAAAUGUUAUCUAUUUUAACUGCUUUGUUUUCCUUAAAGAAAAAAAAAAUAUAUAUAUAUUAGCAGCUUCUCCUUUUAAUACUUCAAUAAUUUCCCUUCUGCUUAGUUUAUAUGUGGAAUUCUGCACAGUUCAUAUGUGGAAGAUGUGGUAUUCCAGGUAUAAAGAAAUACUAUAACCCUGCAUCCAUUUCUCUUCAUACUUUAUUUAUUUAUUUUUUUACUCUUCUUCCUUAUUCCUUGUUGUUUCCUUUUAUUAACUUUAGUUCUGUAGAAUAUUUAACUGGCCAUAUCACAGAAUUCAUCCCCAAAAUGUACUGCAAGCUGCUGAAAUGUAUGAGAUCCCAGCCAGGGUUCUCCCUCCACAAUAAAACAGUUUCAUAAGCAAGCAAUGAAGCUGAACUGCUAUGAAUUUUUCUCAUAUGUGCCAUAUUCUUCUCCCUUCUUCUCUCCCCUCUUUUUUUCCCUCCCAUUUCCACUGUGUCCCUUCUUUUGGCUUACUGCCCACCUCUACUACAAUAUUUCUGUUUUGCCUUUCUGUACCUUCCACAUUACCUGCCCUCUACUAAAUAUGGAGGUAGCUGGAGAACAGGCAAAAGAUGCUGUAGGUGACUGAGAUAGCAGUGAUGUAGUGACAAGCCAGUGCAGGGCUGUGCAUUACCCAGUAGGCUCUAGCUUUCUCUGAGAAGGGGAAUUUACAGAGUCUUUGCAACCUAUCCAGUCAUCAAUUUUCACACAUUUUGACUGUCUCUUUGAGACCUUUUAUUCUCCCACUUGUUUAAAAACAACGAACAAAUACACUAAAAAUAAAAAUAAAAUUGCAGGUACAACUGACAAUCUGAUGGGCAGAUGCAAGACACUGUUUUAUAAAGAAAGCAAUCCAAAAAUGAUGAAGUGGUGCUGCAAUAAAAUCAUCUAAGGAAUUAUACUAGAUGAAGCUAAAUACCGAAAAACAGGGUAAGCAAAGACAAAAGAAAAAGAAUAUCAAAAAGGUUGUGUUUUGAGUUGUAUUAACAGCAGUGCCACAUAUAUGAAAGAAAGAGAGAAAGAGAGAAAGAGAGAAGGAGAGAAAGAGAGAAAGAGAGAUUAAAAGUAUAUAAAUUUUAUAUAUUAUUAUUUUUAUUUAUAAAUUAUAUAAAAUUAAAAUUACAUAAGGCUUGUUGAGGAAUGAAAUCUGACAAUUUUAAAACCAGAAGGAAUAAGAGUAAAAGGAGGAAAUAAUACUGGAGAAUGUAAUUCACCCAAAACAUCACUUUUUGUCUAGUUCGAACAUUAAGAGACGGAUAACAUAGCAUUUAUGAAAAACUCUCUGCAUUUAGAAAGAUGUCUUUGUGAAGAAACUUUAUAGCAUGUAGUUUGGUGUAAGCUAAGCAAAAUAGAUGUGCCUAAGAUAGUAAGAUUUAAAUGUAGCUUUUAAUUAACUCAUACUUUGAGGGACCUCUCAGAAGAAGGUUUGAUCUGAGCCUUUGUUUGAAAGCUAUGCAAUAACCUAUGUUGUGUUAUACAGCCUUGAAUUCAAGGCCAUUUUCAGUACUUCAGAAUGUUUACAUUUUUAUCUUUUAAUUUACUUACACUUAACACUGAUAACAGCACUUCUAGAGAAAUGCUUAUAGCCUUUGUAUGUAUAUUUAAAUGAUUUUUAAAAUUUCAAUUAUUUCUUAAGGAACAAAAUGCAGUUUAUAUCGGCCCUAUUUCACCAGGAGGUUGGGAACAUCUUGAUCUCAGAUGGAAUGAGCUAAUUCAAUGAAAUGUUACAAAGUCCAUGCAUUGCAAAAGCCAUGAAUCAAUCUAUCCAAUAUACAAAUUAAGUAUAAAAAUAAUUAAAAGUUUAAAAAAACAUUUUGCCAGGUUUUUGUUUUAUUUUUGCUACUGAAUAUUUGGCAAUCACACAAUAUCAAGCUUAUUUGCACAAAUAAUUUUAAAUUUAGGGAGGAAAUAGAGUUGAUUUUAUUUUUUACUUGAUUCUAAUUUUUAAAAGAUGGCAAAAUACCAUAACUAUCAGUUUUGCCACUAGUGAUAAAAUCAAAUAAUUAAUAAAAGAAGAUACCACGCUGUCUUUUGUAUAUUUGUUAAUCAGAAAUCAUUCUAAUUUAUGAAGGCCUAGAAAUGUGGAGAAAAAAUAAAUUCUGUUCUCCAGGGAUAUAGCUGAAUUUCAAUAUUUUGCUGCAACUGAAAU